AUGGGGAUUCACCUGUCUAUUCGCAUGCUCUCGAAACUACUAGUUCUGUUGUUGUUUCAUCUUGUGGUUGCAAACUUUGUAGACUCUUUGCAGCAGCUAUCUUGCCAUGCCGAGGAGAGCUCUGCCUUGCUGCAGUUCAAGGAGAGCUUUAUGAUUGACAAAUCUGCUUCACGUUCUAAAGGUGCUUAUCCAAAGGUUUCAUCAUGGAAACCAGCUGGAGGAGGAAAUAGCAGCUGCUGUUCGUGGGACGGCGUGGAGUGUGACGAGAUGACGGGUCAUGUUAUUGGCCUUAAUCUCAGCAGCAGUUAUCUCUAUGGCUCUUUGGACUCCAAUAGUAGCCUGUUCAGCCUGGUGCAUCUUCAAAGCUGCUGUUCGUGGGACGGCGUGGAGUGUGACGAGAUGACGGGUCAUGUUAUUGGCCUUAAUCUUAGCAGCAGUUAUCUCUAUGGCUCUUUCAACUCCAAUAGUAGCCUGUUCAGCCUGGUGCAUCUUCAAAGGUUAAGCCUCUCUGACAAUAACUUCAAUUACUCUCAAAUUCCAUCUAGCAUAAGAAAUUUUCCAAGCCUCACUCAUCUUGACCUCUCUGCCUCUUUCUUUUCUGGUCAAGUCCCAUCUGAAGUCUCACACUUGUCCAAGUUGACAUACCUUGAUCUGUGUUGCAAUAUUCAUGAAAUUGAAACAUCUCCUGAUGAUCCUCAGCGAUUGUUGAAACUUCAACCAUCCGAUAUGAGAAGUCUAGUUCAAAAUUUAACUAGCCUAGAAACUCUUUCUCUCAGUUUCAUUAACAUAUCUUCUAUCAUACCUGUUUCCUUGACAAAUUUAUCAUUUUUGACAUCCCUUACCGUCAAGAAAUGUGAUCUGUUUGGCGAAUUCCCAGCGAGAAUUUUCAAUCUACAGAACUUAAAAGUUCUUAGUGUGAGAUACAACCAAGAUCUCACUGGAUAUUUUCCUGAAUUUAAUCGAAGUAGUCCUCUAAUCUUACUGAAAGUUGCUUAUACUAGGUUUUUCGGACAAAUACCUUCCUCGUUUGAAAAGCUUAAUUCAUUGCAAGAGUUGGAUGUCGCUCAAUGCAAUUUUUCUGAAGGGUUGGUUCCAUCUGCACUUGGUAAUCUUAGACAGCUCACGUAUCUAGACAUUUCAGCAAACAAAUUUGGAGGGCCAAUUCCUGAUUCAUUGGCAAACCUUACCCAUUUGACUGUGUUUAGA